AAAGCGUCUACUCCGAUUCGAACGACCGUUAGAGCCCCUCACAUUUCAAUCCAUUUCCUCGCGAAUUUUGUCGAUAAAAGAAGCCUUCAAUGGGUGAUAAUUUGAUAAAAGUCAUUCCGCUUCCCUUCGAUAAUAAAUAACCACAGUUUCCAUUCAUUUUGAAGUUGAAAAUAAAGUUUGAAGGGAAUAUAACCCCAAAAUAUGUCUAACUCAGCUAACGAGAGCAUCGAGGAUUUGUCCAAACUGGAGGCAGACUUGGGGACUGAUUUCGAUGCUUGGAAGUCUCACAUGUCGAAAUUGAUAAAAGCUAACGAGAAGUAUCGACAAGACAAGUAUUCACUCCAGUGUAAACUAGAGGUGAGCUCCACGAUGCAACAGGAGAUGCGGGAGAUUCAGGAGGUCCUUGAGAAUACAGUCGAUGAACUCAAGAAAAUGAAUGAUAAGAAGAUUCAGGAACUCGAGGAGAAACAUAUGGAAGCAAAGAAGGAAUUGUUCUCUCGUCUCUCAGAGAUGGAGGCAGAAAAUCUAUCAAAAUCCGAAGAGAUUGAGAAACUGCAGACGAAACUGCAGGAGCUCAACAGGAAAUUGCAGUUAACAACGAAUGAAACCCCAAUAGUAGUCCAAGAAGACUCUGCCCUGAAGGAGGAAUUCUCAGAGCUAGUUUCUCAGCUAUUGCAGAGGGAUCAUGAUAUCCAACAGUUGGAGAAUUCCCUCCAGGAAGUCAACAAUGAGAAUUCAGAGUUGAAGGAAAUCUUGAGAGGAACAAAACAAGAGUUAUCUGAGAAAAAUGAGCAGUUGGAGAAUACUCGGGACGAGCUCAUAGGGUUGAAGAUGGAGCUAGCUGAAGUCAAGGAGAAACCAGCAAGUGAAUCAUCCAAAGGUAAUUCUCUCUUCGCUGAAGUGGAAGAUCGUCGCAAGAAAAUGCUGGACCAGAUGUUGACAAUAAGAAAAGGUUACAACGAGGCAAAGCGCGUCGUCAGCAUCAAAGAUGCAGAGAUUCGCUCCUUGAAGGCUGAGAAAUCUGCCCUGAUUCGUAAAUGGGAGGAUGACAAAGUAGACUCUCACUAUCGAGACACCAAGCUAAUGGACAAGUACAAGGAGAGGAUUUCAGAAUUGGAACAGAAGUUGCAGAAUCAAAAAGACAAGACCAACGAGUUAGAGAACCAGAUGAGACCCACAGAUCACAACUUCAGCUUCUUCCAAUCGAUGCUGGACACGAAGAAUAAGGAAAUCGAGGAGCUGGAGUCAAAACUGGAGAACGUUUCCAUUCAGGCAGUUCUCGAGGAGGAGAUGAAGCACAAACUGAGUCGACAGUUGAGAUACUGGCGUUGCAAGGCGAUGUCCAGUGAUGCGCAGCUGGUGGCCAUCAAGAGUCAUCUGGAGGCUGAUCCGCAGUCCACCAAGACCGAGGUGAUGCAGAUUCUCCAGCAGACGGUUGACAAGCAAUCAGACCUGGAGGAGACCCUCGACUCGACCAAACCACCCCCAGAAGUCAUUGAGGAAAGCCUAAUAACACUCGAGCAACUCAUGAAAGUACCAAACUCUUCGGGAAAAGUGCAAUCAUCCCACGAUAAUUCCAUGUUCAACAGCUCCAAUGAAGACUUUGGAGACUCGGAAAAUUUUGAUGGUUCUACUGUAAAGAGAGAGUCAAUGAUUCCAAAUGGGAGGGACAGAGGGGUCAGCUUUAACGAAACUGUUCCAAUGAUUUUGAUCCACGAGACUGGAGAAAAAUCUGGGGGAAAUAUUAAAAGGGAAAUGGAAGAGUUGGAAGUUUCUGGAGAAACUGAAAAUAGAGUUCCUGAGAAAGAAACUAAUGAAUCGAAUAAGGAGAACAAGGCUGGUGGAAGUGAGAAUAAAAAUCCUUCUAAACUGAAGUCUGCAUUUGCUCAGGGUCAUUCGAGUCUUUUGGUUCCUACGAAUGAGGUCAAGAAGGAGAAGAAGACACUGAAGUUUACUGAUGACACUGUAGACCCACCCCCAAGGACCCUGAAAAGACAAGUCACUCCGAAGUAUCCGAUAGUUUUUGUGUCGAAUAAACCCAAGAAGGCUUGAACGGGUUGUCUUUUCUUGAAGUAUUAUGAAAGAUGUUCUCUGAUGAUUAUUAAGUGUUCCCUCGUCUUGAAGACGUUAAGUUGUAUUGAAUUGAAUUAUUGCCUUGUUAAGGAUGAUUUUAAGAUUUUUGUGAAGUGUUUUAUACAAUAAAUAUUCGCAUUUUUAUCGUA